CGCCUGCCCGUGCUGAUACAGAUAACAAACGCUCCACCGGGGUGUCUUGGAGUAAAAUCGAACGCCCGGUUGUCUUCUUCAUGCUAAAACGUGUGAACGUUUCUGGGCGAGGAAUUCGAGUUGGACCGCAGUGAACGUAGUUCUGCUGCAGUUCCAAAGAGAGGAGCCUGUUUACAGCCGUUGCAGGUGUUAAAAGAAUGGAGGUGAAAGACCAGGAGGAAGACAUCUCAUUCAGCAAUACUGACACCAAUGGUAAACGCCCAGCUGAGGACAUGGAUGAAGAGCAAGCUUUCAAACGUUCACGUAACACAGAUGAGAUGGUGGAGUUGCGUGUACUGCUUCAAAGCAAAAAUGCUGGUGCUGUCAUUGGAAAAGGUGGCAAGAACAUAAAAGCUCUACGCACAGAUUACAAUGCCAGUGUAUCAGUCCCAGACAGCAGUGGCCCGGAGCGGAUCCUGAGUGUGAACGCUAGCAUUGACACUGUUGGAGAAAUUCUGCUGAAAAUCAUACCGACUCUAGAGGAGUACCAGCAUCACAGUGGGAUUAAUUUUGACUGUGAGGUCCGUUUGCUGAUCCAUCAGAGCUUGGCAGGCGGCAUCAUUGGGGUGAAAGGUGCUAAGAUAAAGGAGCUGAGAGAGAACACUCAAACCACCAUCAAGCUGUUCCAGGAGUGCUGUCCCCACUCCACUGACAGAGUGGUUUUGGUGGGUGGAAAGCUGGAGCGUGUCGUUGAAUGUAUAAAAGUUAUUCUGGAGCUGGUGUCGGAGGCACCAAUCAAAGGUCGCGCACAGCCUUAUGACCCCAAUUUCUACGAUGAGACGUACGACUACGGCGGUUUCACUGUGCUGUUUGAGGAGCGAGGUCGACGGCCCACUGGAGGCUUCCCCAUUCGUGUCCGUGGGAACUUUGAGCGGUUGCCUCCUGUUCGCAGCAGCAGACCUACCCCUCCCUCCAGACGAGACUAUGACGACAUGAGCCCCCGUCGAGGUCCUCCACCGCCGUUAAGUAGAGUUGGACGAGUUAGCAGCAGAGCACGCAACCUGCCACUCCCACCACCUCUGCCGUCAAGAGGAGGGGGAGACAGGUACUCGCGUGUGAGCUAUCACAGCAGUGUGGAUGACAGACCAUCUGAGAGACGAAGCAGAGGAGAACGUUACGAUAGCAUGAGUGGAGGAUAUGAAAACAAUUCUUCCUGGGAGCACUUUCAUUCUGGUGGCAGGGGCUCGUACAGCGACAUAGGCGGACCAGUCAUCACAACUCAAGUCACUAUCCCAAAAGAUCUGGCUGGCUCCAUCAUUGGGAAGGGUGGCCAGAGGAUCAAGCAGAUCCGACACGAGUCUGGAGCAUCCAUCAAGAUUGAUGAACCACUAGAGGGCUCUGAGGACCGCAUCAUCACCAUCAUAGGCACACAGGACCAGAUCCAGAAUGCCCAGUACCUCCUUCAGAACAGUGUGAAGCAGUACUCCGGUCGCUUCUUCUGAGGAUGACGACAACAGCGGGAGAGUGAAGCCAAGCUGCCGCACCGUUAACGCGGUCUAUUCAGAGUCCACAUUCCUCUGCUUUGGAUAGAUGUUCCCCCUCCCCCCAUCACAUAUUCAUAAUUUUAUUUAGUUUGGAAAUAUCUUAAUUUGUCAAACGACAAACGAGGAGUCGCUAACAUUUUUCUGUGCUGGUGUAACUGUCAGUCUGUCCCGCUGCUGUUGGGACUACAUCCACCUGUGCGGUAACCUUUGGUGUUGUGAGCGUCUCCAUUUCAUUACCGCAUGCAGAAUGUAGUUUAAAUAAUUUUUCUUUUUUGCUCUUCUAAAAAUGAAGCACGAUCUUGCAAGGUUUUAGAAUGUCGUUUAAUAAAACUUUGAUUUUCAUAUAACAUCCUGUGUUCAGUUUCUCACUAAAGUUCAGUGCUGUUUGUGGUAAAUGGGCUUUUAUUCGAAUCAGUGCAUCAGUAUGAUGAUGGAUGGAGUCAGUUUUCUGAGCGCCCCACCCCCAGAAAACCCCCCCCCACAAAAAACAGCUGUGUAAAUAUUUUUUCUGCAUAGGUUUGAUAAUUUGAAGCUUGAAUAAAGUCUGAUUUUGUUUUCGAUUGUCCAAAAAGGAAACUGUCAAAGAUCUGUCCCCCGCCCACCUCCUGUGUGCACGGUCUGGGAUAAUGUUUGAUACAUAAGCUCCAUUGUUGCUUGUAUAAGUGUUUCCUGUUUUUUGUUUUUUUAAAUAAAAGACCUCUUGCAACGGUGCCUGAUGUUGGAGGCGUGCAUCCCCCAUAUUGCGUUUACCGUCGGGUCAUAGCGGUAUCUUUGCGUCUGAUAUCUGUAGUACCUGCAGGUGUUGAGUAAAUAAAGCGUGAUACAGUU